UUUGUUGGCAAUCUGGAAUGGCUGAAAUGAUUUUUAUUUUUAAUUUUUCAUGAUCUAAGUUUUUAAUAUUGCUGUAAUUAAAAAAAAAAAAACACGUACUUUGUAAAGAGCGUGCACGUAGAAUGUUAAGUCAUCCGAUCCGUCGAGCUGAUCGCGAGCCGUUUCCGUCCGAUAAUUGUAAAAUGAUUGCGCGACGCUAUGUACACCGAGCCUCCGACCGGCGCGUAUUGCCGGGGGCCGUCCGUCGAUAUAAGAUCCGUUUACCGUUCGGUCGUCGCGAAUCUCUAGUGGAUACUUCGCUUGCCGGAGCGUUCGGGUAGCCUCUCACUAAUUCUCAUUCGUACCAUGUUCGACGUGUUCAAUGCUUUUACUUGCAGAACUCAAUUGCAUAUGUAAUGCUGCUAGUAUUAUUUAUAUUUAAGCCUUAGCAAACCGUUUUGCUAAUUUUUAUCCAACCAAUAUAUCUUAAAAUGUAUUCAUUAUCUGUUUGCUUUUCUUUUACCACUUCUUGAAUAAUCACCUAACUCAAUAUUAUGAACAUAAUGACAUUUAUACUUUUAAUCUUAUACAGCAAUCUGUGUAAUUAUCUGUUAGCUGUAUUUAUAUAUUCUUACGACUCAAACAUGUAUAUUCAAUUGUAACUUAGUAAGCGUAGGUACUUUGUACACCUAUUUUCAAUAAUUUAUAUUAUUCAUUUUUUCUUCUUUUUCUGAAUAUAAAUUAAAUUUACUACCUAUGUUUAAUACCUAUUGCUGGAAUUUUUUACUAUAAAUCAUGAAAACAUUUUAUUUAUACUUUACAUUGUGCACCUAGUUGUUAGUAUAAAACUAUUGUUAUUGUAGAACUAAUAGUUUAAAUAUUGAGAGUUUAUACAAAUUACUAAUUACAUAUAAUAAAUACUAAAAUGUAACCUAAACUGAUAUUUUCUACAUAUAUAAAAUUAUAUACGUACCUAAUUAUUUUCAAAUUGCUUUAAGCUUAACAUUAAAAAGAAUAAUAACUGAGUACUAAACAUUUUCCUUUUAUAUCAAAAUCCAUUGAAUUCCUUUUGUUCGGUGUUUUCAUUUAUGAGUCGCAACUCAUCAUCUGGACGUAUCUGAAUCCAAGUAAUUCUGACAGCUCGACUAAUGGUAUGAAGAUUGAACAUGUCUAGAAAUGAAAGGCAUAGAACUGAUAAGAGAGCUUCAUCAAGUCGUGCCAGAUCUAAAGAAUCACCAAGAAGAGAGCUGGAAAAUGUAGUUAAGAGGGCCCGUAAAGACAGAGAUCAAAGUCAAUAUUGGAUUAACAAAGUUUUAGAAGCUGAAGAAAAAGACCCCAACAGGUGGAAACAUUCUGGUUUCAAAGAAAUGUAUAGUGAUCGAAGAUCUAGGUCAAUCAGUAGGCGCUCAUCUAGUAGCUUUUCUUCUAGUUGUUCACGUUCGUCUAUGCGUAGGUCUCCAUCCCAUAAACGACGUAAACCACUCUCACGGUCACCUGAUUUAAGGAGAUCACGCCGAUCGUUAUCACUCCGAAGGGGGUCUCCAAUAAAUAGACGCCGCUCUCCAUACCGAGCAAGAAAGUCUCCCUUAACUUUACAUUCUAGAAGAAGACGUAGAUCCACUUCAGAGUCACCAACUGCUAAUGGUUCACGUGCCAGGAGGUCCAGAUCUUUAAGUAGAAGACGUAGAUCUCCUAUACUUGGUCGCAACCGUAGACUAGGAAUAGCUUCACCACCACCUAGAAGAAGAGGGUCUAAAAAACAUGGUCUUAAACGUAUUCGAACAUCAUCAGCUGAAGAGGUACGUUCAUCAAGUGUAAGUACAUGUUCAGAUUCUCAUUGUUCAGUAUGUGAAGCUAGAAUACCUGCUGCUAGACGUGAGCCACCACCAGAACCAUUAGCUAGGCCAAAAUCUCCAAAAAUGUCUAGACCUGUUAUACCCAUACAUGAACGUUCUAGAUCAAGAUCAUUUUCAGUACCAAGGUACACACCUGUAGUAGAAGUAAGUUCUACUACUGGAUUACCUAAGGCUGGUCCACUUCCAGAACCUGUACCAACUAAAACUAAACGUAUUAAAAAAGUGAAAUCGCACAAAAAGAAAAAAUCACAUAGAUCAAAGUCUUCACAAAUUGAAACUGCUGUUUUACAUCAACCAACAAUUAAAGUAGAAUCAAUGUCAGAAGAAGAAUCUAGUGUUGGUGGUUCAGAUAUGCCAAUGAGUUCUUCUUCUGGAGGUCAAUUAACAUUAUCUGAACGUUUUAGUAAGAUGGCUCAAAUGGGUCGUGCCCAUGAGUUACCACAAAGAAGUCUUCGUGUGACAGCUGGUGAUGAUUUUAGAGUUGAAAUUGGUUCACCUCCUCAUCCAUUUCCUACUCCAGCUUUAGGGUCAUUACCAGAGGGUACAUCUAUUGAAGAUGUAAAAGGUCGUUAUGCUUAUUAUAAAGAUCAAGGGUACUUAGGUGAUCUUACAUUAACUGAUUAUGUCAAGUGGGAAGAAUGGUGGUAUAAAUACCAGGAUUGGUUAGAAGCAGAACGUGCAUAUGAUGCUCAUCUGGAUAGGUAUAGAGACAGACGAUAUAGAGAUGAACCCCCCAUAUUCUGACAUGAAAAAAGCUCCUUGCGAGGUCAUCAGCAAUAUAUGGAAUCUGACGAUGAUGUGUAAUGAAAAAUAGUAAUAAUAUUAAGUGAAAAUUAUUAACAGUUAAACAAAGUUAUCGAAGAAAACUUGUGAUCUGUGCAUAGAUGAAUAUAUUAAUUGUUGAAAAUAAUGACUCAUGAAAUAUCAUACUUGAUACCAACAAAACUGUUAAUAAAGAGCUUUCUCUAUGGAGUGCUUAUAAGUGUUUUUUACUUUAAAUAUUUACCUAGAUCAUUAAGUAGGUAAUCAAAAUUGAGUUAUUAUUACUUAUAUUAAUUUCUUAUCAUUUUUGACGAAAUCGCAGCUUUUAUGUAGUAGUAUUUAAUUUGAGUACUGUGUUACUACUUUUUUGUAAACAUGUAAAUUACUCAUAAAGUGAAAUUGUUAUGUAAAAGUUAAUGUGAGAAAAAUUUAAUGAG